GAGUAGGAAGUAGAGAUGGACAUGGCAAACCAUGCGGAUAACCGACAUUCCAGGCGAGAAAACAGUAUCGGUGUUGUACAAAGGUUCCUGUGUUGCUCCUGCUUCCAGACGGGCGAGAACGACCGCUUGGAGUACAAUCAGGAAAAGCCACAGAAUCCCAAGGCUGUUGUGGAUGAAGAGAACGUCCAUAUUGUUGUUGAAGAUUUGGGAAUAGACAACCCAGGAUUUAGCCUUUCUGAUGUUGAGCACAAAGGUCUACUUCAACAGAUCACCAUAGGCCGUUCUGCCAGUUCUGUGUCCAUGUGCCAAAGAGCAGUUCUGAAGAAGAAACUCGCACCACUUUCCUCUUUACCGCUUCAGUCUAGAGCGAUCCAAAACAGUGAGGACGACUGUACUGUUGACUCUCUUCUGUAUGGUUCUGGCAGCAGUAAUGCUGGAGAUGGUUGUCUUCUCACUCCUCCGGUCAUUAACCUCAUACCUCCAACACCUUCUGAUGUAAUAGAUGAUGACCAGUUCUUUGACAUAAACUCAGAAGAAGAGAGUCUACAGCAAACAUCAGGCAGCGAAGGAGUGGAUAGUAUUGGCAGUGCUGCUAUGGGAGAGCAAGAGAGCGAGGAAGAUGUAGACCAAGACUUGGGGUCUGAAGUUAAUUGUAAGACAAAAGAUGAAGAACACCCACAGGUGAAGUCUCCAGAAAAAGAAACAGCCAAAAAGAAGAGCAUAGACAAGUCUACAAUCCAUUUCCUGCAUAGCAACUUUCAUGUACCUCUUCUUCCUGAAUACCCACGAAAACGAAGCCUUAAUACUGGAAUCAGUUUGCUGCAGUUCACUGAACAUAAUCUGGAUGACUUGAGCAACAAGGAUGCCAGCAGCCAUGAGUUGCUAAAGGAAGAGUUGAGGCUCCUACCGCUAAGCAGUAAGAUAAGCAUGUUAACACACCGAAAGAAACCAGCCACUAGGUCCUGUAGUUUGGGCGAUACAGUGACAAGAAGUCAUACCUUUCACGCCACAUGUCAAGGAAGAGAUGAAAUCCUUGUAGAUGAGGAAUCUCCACGUCAAAGGAGGAUAACUGUUGCAUCAUACAUUCCUCAGACCAUGGACCAUACUGGAAAAAGUGCAGUGAAGUGGGAUUCUAAUGGGUACAGAGCCAAAACGUUAGCAGAGCUGAACACGGAGGAGGUUUGCCAGUGGUUUAGCAAUAUUGGUCUACAGAAAUGCCUGCCCUUCAUUAGAGAGGCAGAAUUCAGUGGAUCUCACAUUGCUUCUAUUGAUCUCAACACCCUUGAAAUCCUUCAAGUGUCUGAUCUGGAGGAGAAAGAGAGGCUGCUGUCUGCCAUUUACCUUGAGUUACACCCACCAAACUCCACCACCCAAAGACUCGACUCCCUCCUUGAAAGGUUUGGUCCACAUAAUGUUGAGAAAUUCACAGCAGCUUUGGUGUCCAUGACCAAGUCAAAAUCUUCUCCUCAAGUUAGCAGCAUCAACAUAAACCGUUGCUCAUUCAGAUUCAGACAGAAAGAGCAAAAUGGUAAAUUUCAGAACAACUCACAUCUCAUUGAAAUCACAGUGAAUGUGUCAGAUCGAACAGUCCAUUUAAGGACACCCAAAGAGACAAGUGUGGGAAAAGUGGUGGAGUCCUGUUUGAGGAUGCUGGGAAUUAAUGAAGACAAAGAUCACUUCAAUCUAAAAAGCAGUGAAGAUGAGUUCUCCCCUGAGCAGCAGAUUGGAGACUUGCCUGGCUCAGAGACGAGACUAAUGGAGCUUUACUUAUAUAGGAAGGAAACAGCGGAAGUGGGUCCUCAUUCAUCUGAUAACAACAUUAUUUGUACCACUGACAAUAUUCAGAGUAAAAAUCUGCUAAACAGCACUGGGAAGAUUCAGGAGCUAAAUCAACAGGUGGCCUCCCUCCAAAAUGUUAUCAUACAGGUUCAGGAGCUUUACCAUGGUCUGGUAGCCUUCUGUUCAGAGCUGAAGAAGAUGGAGGGGAGAUGGAUGCAGUGCAAACAGACAGCUUUGAAGCCAUCGGAGGUCCGGCUUCUGGAGAAGAUGAGGCUAAACUGCCAGGUGUUUAAAGACGAGAUCACACUAGUCCACCUCAAUCGACAAGUGACCCACCUACGUGAAGUUCUGGAGAAGAUGCAGGCCAAGGAGAAAGCAGAGAGGAAGAGCCCUACUCUGACUCAGCUGGUCUCUUUGCAGUCUCCUGUCAUGCUGGUGGCCACCCAAGUGAAAGCAGACCCAGAUGGUCAUUACGGUUUCUCUGCACACUGGGUAGAGGGCCAGGGUCUGAUUGUGGUACACAGUGAGGGUGCUAAUCUCUGCAUGAAUGACAGGCUUGUGGAGGUAAACGGAGUUAACGUCUUGGGGAGUAGUGAGGAUGAGCUGAAGCUGAUGCUUAAGACACACAGUGCUCACAUCGUUGUUCUUCGCCAGCUGGCCCAAGAACUUCCACAAGAAGAACCAUCUGCCCCCACUUCAGACAAACUUCAGCUCUGA